GACUUUCAGUCCCAUUUUCUCACCAGCUGUUGAAACAAAGAAACAUGGAAGGGAUCGCCUUUUCACCAUCAAAUAAUUUCAAUUGCUAUCCCCAAAUCCAUCCCAUCAAAACCCUAAUCCCAAUCCCAUUUCGAUUCUGCAAUUACAAAACGAAUAACCCAAACCAAUCCCUUCUUUCCUUUUCCAUAAACUCAAGCAAAACCACCCAAACCCCAAUAACCCAACCCCCACCAUUAGUCGUAGUUGGCUCAGCAAAUGCUGAUAUCUAUGUGGAGAUCGACAGAUUACCCACGGAAGGAGAGACUAUUUCAGCCAAAAAUGGUCAAACUCUUGCAGGAGGCAAAGGAGCUAACCAGGCCACCUGUGGUGCUAAACUUUCUUACCCAACAUAUUUUGUGGGACAAGUAGGUGAUGAUGCGCAUGGGAAAUUGAUAACUCAGGCAUUGGGGAAUGGUGGGGUUCGUUUGGAGUAUUUGAAGAGCUUGGGUGGUGGUGUUCCUACUGGUCAUGCUGUGGUGAUGUUACAAUCUAAUGGGCAGAAUUCGAUCAUCAUUGUUGGUGGUGCUAAUAUGAGUUCUUGGCCUGACAAGUUGUCUGAUCAGGACUUGGAUGUUGUUAAAAAUGCUGGCAUUGUUUUGCUUCAGAGGGAAAUCCCUGAUUCUGUUAACAUUCAAGUUGCUAAGGCUGCGAAGGGUGCUGGUGUUACCGUAAUUAUGGAUGCUGGUGGAAUGGAUGCACCAAUGCCCCAAGAACUUCUAAAGUUUGUUGAUAUCUUUAGCCCAAAUGAAUCUGAACUCAGACGAUUGACGGGAAUGCCUACUGAUAAUUUUGAGCAGAUUAGUCAAGCGGCUGCAAAAUGUCACAAAAUGGGUGUUAGGCAAGUUCUUGUGAAACUUGGGGCCAAGGGAUCUGCUUUAUUCAUAGAAGGUGAGGAACCAAUAACACAGCCUAUCAUUCCUGCCGCACAAGUUGUAGAUACAACAGGAGCUGGGGAUACAUUUACCGCAUCCUUUGCUGUGGCUCUCGUAGAAGGAAAGUCCAAAAGGGAAUGCUUGAACUUUGCCGCUGCAGCAGCCUCUCUUUGUGUUCAAGUGAAGGGAGCCAUUCCUAGCAUGCCUGAUCGAAAAUCAAUUUUGAAUCUUCUUCAGUCUGUAUGAAUUUUAUUCUGUUUUGCUUGAUCAUUCGUGGGCUCCUAAAACAUCUGUGCGAAUGUUGUUUUAUAAAUAAGGAAAAAAAGUUAUUAUUUUUC